GCCGAACGCGAAGGUCCAUGUAAGACCUGACCGCCUAUUGGCUGCAGCAUGUCGAGACACUGACGCGCACGACGUCUCCACUCUAUUGUUAUUGUGGCGUGCGCGAGGGGAACAGACAGGAUGCACGAGGAGACAGUGGGGCUGAUAAAAGGAUAAAACAACCGAGAAACAUCAAGCUAGCGCAGUAGCCUACAACGUAUGAGAAAUAAACGCUAGCUCGAUGCAUUACAGGAAGGUAGAAAAACAUUAGCAUUAAAGGCAGAGCAGUACGUUUCAUAGGUCUAAUACAAAGGAGUAUAAACAAACCCACACGUACAGCUUGCUAUCUUUCUGUCCAACUUCUUCUAUCCACUCCGGCUGAUGUGGACUGAUUCAGAGCUGGGCCAUCAUGAUGCUGGUGAACUUUCUGGUCACUCAUUGGCUGACCAACUUAAUACCAGCAGCAUCAUGUCGGUGAACCCUCCGAGCAGCAAUGACGCCUGCCUCAGCAUUGUCCACAGCCUCAUGUGCCACAGACAGGGUGGAGAAAAUGAGGGCUUCGCCAAGCGGGCCAUUGAGAGCCUGGUAAAGAAGCUGAAGGAGAAGAAGGAUGAGCUGGAUUCGCUCAUUACCGCCAUCACCACCAACGGGGUCCAUCCCAGCAAGUGUGUGACCAUCCAGAGGACGCUGGAUGGACGGCUGCAGGUGGCAGGGAGGAAAGGUUUUCCUCAUGUCAUUUAUGCACGGCUGUGGCGCUGGCCUGAUCUCCACAAAAAUGAACUCAAGCAUGUCAAAUUCUGCCAGUACGCCUUUGACCUGAAGUACGACAAUGUAUGUGUCAACCCCUACCAUUAUGAGAGGGUGGUGUCACCGGGCAUCGUUGGUCUCAGCCUUCAAAAUACAGCAGCAGCAGCAGGCGGCCUGAUCAAAGAGGAGUAUAUCCAUGACUGUAUACAGAUGGACCUCCCACCUGGAAUGCCCCUGUCUGACCACCAAGCGGCUCUGAAACUUCCGCCUGCAGACCACUAUGGGCAGCCACAGCUGUCCUCUGAGCCCCAUGGAACCCCACCUAUCACCAGAUACAACCUGCCUGUCUCACCCAAAGUGUCUGGCUCCAGCCCCAUGCUACCAUUGCAGGCCGGCCACGGCGACGGCCGUCUCCAAACUGCAUCUCCACAGGCUCAAGUCAUGACCCCUGCUCCACGACCUCUGACCCCAACUCAACCCGCCCCUCAGCAACAGGCUGCCCAGCAACCCUCACAGCCCCCCCACCCACAACAAACUCCUUCUCACUCGCAUGGACAGAACGGAUACAGCAGCAAUAAACACUCUCAGAGCCAGGCUGCCUUCCACACAGUUUGGACAGGCAGCAGCACAGCCUCCUACACUCCCAUAGGACCCCAGCAGAACGGGCUGGGUCAUCAACAACCUCCCCUCCAUCAUCCGAACCACCACUGGUCUCAGCAUCAUGGCUCAGCCUCUUUCCCUCCUUCUGUGUCCAACCAUCCAGGACCAGAGUUUUGGUGCUCUAUCUCCUACUUUGAAAUGGAUGUUCAGGUGGGUGAGAUGUUCAAGGUGCCCUCCAGCUGCCCUGUAGUAACCGUGGAUGGUUAUGUUGACCCGUCAGGAGGCGAUCGCUUCUGCCUCGGCCAGCUGAGUAACGUCCACCGCACAGAUGCAAGUGAGAGAGCGAGAUUGCACAUAGGUAAAGGUGUGCAGCUGGAGUGUCGUGGUGAGGGCGAUGUGUGGAUGCGCUGUAUGAGCGACCACGCUGUGUUUGUACAGAGCUACUACCUCGACAGAGAGGCAGGCCGAGCACCAGGUGAUGCUGUACACAAGAUCUACCCGGGAGCCUACAUCAAGGUGUUUGACCUACGGCAGUGCCACAGACAGAUGCAGCAGCAGGCAGCGACGGCUCAGGCUGCAGCUGCUGCUCAGGCAGCUGCUGUGGCAGGAAAUAUUCCUGGUCCAGGCAGUGUCGGAGGCAUUGCACCUGCAGUCAGUCUGUCUGCAGCAGCGGGGAUAGGUGUGGAUGACCUGAGGCGUCUGUGUAUCCUGCGGCUCAGCUUCGUGAAGGGCUGGGGGCCAGACUACCCCCGGCAGAGCAUCAAACACACACCAUGCUGGGUGGAGGUCCACUUGCACCGCGCUCUGCAGCUUCUGGAUGAGGUGUUGCACACUAUGCCAUUGGCAGAUCCAGGGCCAGCUAACUGAGGACCAAGACCAUGUUCAAAUUCCUAUCUGGACUGUAUGAAUGUGCUCACACAGACACACAAGUUGCCAAACAUACUAUCUAAUUGAUACACAAAGCAGAUCAAUGAAAAACACAGAAAACAUAAAGGACCAAUAACACAUUAUGCUUGUAACAAUCAACGCACACAUCACUCAUGCUGUCUCGUAGACAAACACAUGUGCACACACACUUCCACCAAAAUGUCUGUAACCACACAGACAUAAAAGUGCUGAAGAUGUUUCCUAUGCUUUACUCUGCAAUCUAAAGUCAAACACAAGGGAGUAAAGAUUCCGACCAACUUGUCUCUGUCCUAAGACAUUUGUAUGCACUGUAGAAAUCCAGUUCCCCUAUAUGCAAUUUGGAUUUCUUGUAAUUGUGGGAGCGUUCUGCACAUUCAUGGAAUACACACAGACGUGUAAAAGGUAAUCCAGGAGUGAAGAACCCUCUGGAAAAUGCUGUCAGUAAAUUCACACUGAAUACGAACAGUAUUACAGUGGUCUUUACGUGUUAGAAGGAUGGAUUAAGGAACCCAGUGUUACGUCAUCUCUGUGCUGUACUGUAUGUUGAUCUAAACUCAAACUGUUAGCAUUGAUAGCUGGUUAGCUUUCUUAUUACGCUCAGUUCAAGCUAUAUUAUUUUCGUACCAAAAGACUAAAAAGCCAAAAACAUUUAGCUUUAAGUAGUGUUGUUGUUCUUUGUAAUGAAACAGUGCUACCCUGUAUGUAAACAAAUGGUUGGUGUAAAUCACCAAAGCCAAAUACCUCAUAACUACAGUGCAAAGUCACAAUUUAGUUUUCUGCUUAAAGCGCACACACUGUUCAUCACUGACAUGCUGAAGUCAAUGAAGGAAGCCUUCUGAUCGGAUCCUGACUCCAACACGCCCUAAGCUUUUUAUUCAUUUAGCUUUAUGAUGUAGCGUGCUGUGAUGUGCAGUGGCAGUACUAGAGAAGUUGACUGAUCUGUUACUGUGGAUCAUUAGUUAUACAGCAGAAAGUAAGAAGUAACUUAUAAUGAUGAAUGGAAAGCUCCAGAGACAGAAACCUGAGUGCCUAUCUGUUCUCUGGUCUGAUGCUGACGAUCAUCUCUCACAGUGUGCUCACUACAGACGUGUGCCCAGUAUUUGAAUCAGAGCCUAUUUUUCAAAUGUGGCUCAAUCAAUUCAGACUAUCAUGCUGUUAUCAGUCAUCUUGUUCUACAUGUUGUUUACUCUCUGUUUAACAUUAGCAGUGAAUAUAGUUUAGAUUGUUUUUCCUAAGUAUCUGAAGACAAUCCUCAGCUGCCAUAUACUGUAUACAUUGAAAGAGAUGAGAGCUGGCCAUGAAAUGAUCCCUGUGUAGCGUGAUGGAGGCAGAAUCUACAGACCUCCUCUGUGUAAAAAUGCAGUCUGAGUUAUAUCUUCCAAAGUUAGUCUUUGAAUUAGAACUAAACACCCUCUUUGUGUUUCCACACAGUGUUUUGGGAACGUAACGCUAUGGUAGAAGAAUACAUUAUAGUGGUUGAAUGUAGGCUUUUAGCCAGAACAAAACAUGGACUAAACCCUACAGAAUCACUUCACAGCCAGAAUGCAGUGAUUACAGCAACCCAUAACUCUUUCAAUGUACAGUAUGUCUGGCAUAUGCAUAUUGUAUAAGGAUGGACUUAAAAUAAAUUAAAAAGUAUCCUUCAAAACCCAGCACAGACUGCACCCCUCAGAUAUGUACUGUCUGUGUACAAGCUGCUUCACACAGCAGAGUUCAGCAUGCAGGCUCAGAGUACUGUGGACAAAGGCUCUGCUGUGGCAUGCACCACACUUGACUCAAUAAAAGGGUACAAUCAAUGGUAAAAGGUACAAUCUUUGGACAAAUACAGCUGUGCUAUACAGGGAAUAUAGAUCCAAAUGUGAAUAAAUGUACCAGUUGAUCUGUGUAUUGGUGGGAUGAGAGGUGUCAUCUGAUUCAGCUGCUUUACAAAGAUCAGCCAUAUGCAUAUUUGUGAUUUGUGCCUUUUGUUAUCAACUGUAGAUACACCAACACUGGAUUGUCAGACAGAUGCAGGUUUCUCUUUCUACACAUGAAGAUUCAUGUUGCACAUUGUGAUUUGAUUUUCAGCUGUUCAAAAUCUUUUGAUGGUAUUCUGUGGUUCCCUCAGGUAUCUGUGUUGUUCAUUGAAGAUAUCACAAUGUGUCCAACUGGUUUAUAGAGAUAGAACAACUAAUAACUUACCUGAGUAGUAUUAUUUAUUGCCUUAGUCUUUUGUGAGUGUAAAACAUGAAUGAGUACGCUUUGCACUAUUUUAAUCUUAGCAUGGACAACACAAAUAGAUGUCAUAUUUAUCUCUUCUCCUCUGCCCAUAUUCAGGGAGGCACAAGUGUUCAAGUAGGCUUUCGCAGAUAAUAAGCAAACUCUUCAUCAUCAUCAUCAUCAUCAGAGACUUGUCCCCAUCUCUCCACAACCACCUUCACAUCACUUCCAUGAUGUGUCCAGAAAUGCUUUGCGUUUAGCACCUGUCUAUUUGUGCAUCUCUAUUGAUGUAAAUGUCUACAACUAAAGCCUAGCUUCAAAUAUUUUUGGUUACGUUUUUUUUUGUGGCUCAUGUCCUAAUCAUUUCCAAGGUUAGUUUGGUACUUAUGAAAGGGAAAAUAGCUUGACUGUAGAGAGGCCACAUUUUUGCAUGUUCAUCUGAACUGUUAUGCGCCGACUAAACAACAACUUCAUUACACCAGCAAUUAAUGGGAAUGAAUUAAUUGGAAGUGUACACACUGAAAGUGGCUCUAUUUCCCCCGUAGUUACAACCAAAUGACAGUUCUCUCCAGGAAGAGCCUCGGAAGUGAUGACUCGUAUAGCAUCCCAGUUUUUCCAGACCUGAAGUCACUUUCUUAAAGACUCUAAUACAAAGAAAGCCUUCUCAGGUCCACCUCAAAUCUGUGGUCUGAAGUUUGCUUCUAUCGAGUCCACACUAAAGGUCAGUGCCAGCUGGUUGGAUGAUGAAUAUGAAUGGUGUUCCCGACUGGAACUGAUUACAGUAGACUAUGUUCUGAGCCUGAGCUGCUGCUGCAUUAUGGCAGCUCGUCAUGGACCAAAGUAAAAGCAGAAAUAAUAAUGACAAGUGUUCUCUGUGUAAACAUAGAAGACACUUGUCAUUAUAUAAGUGUCUUGUGUUUACAAUAUAACCCUUCAUGUAUGUGAUUGGAAUGGUGUGCAGAGGAUGUGUCUGACUCCCAUGUGUCCACCUGUCCGUCAAAUCAUUACAGAAAGAAAACCGGGUCGAAAUGCUCUGAAAGAACUUUGACAAAAUAAUUUAACUCAAGUUUCAAUGUCUAGCUUUAUUUUAGAGUGUGCUGACGCAGACAUAGUUAAGACAUAAUAAUAAUAAUAAUAAUAAUAAUAAUAAUAAUAAUAAUAAUCAGUGAGAAAACUCCAUCUACUGAUGAAGACUGUCGGAGGUGUUUGACCUUUCUGAAAAAUCCAGUAAGUGGACCUUGUGUAGAGUUGAGCUUGUGACUGAGAAUGUGUGCACACAGACAAAAGACGUCUUUCUCUUGCACAUAUUCAAACAUCACAGGGAGUUAAUAUGCUUGUCAGGGUGUGUUGGAAAAUGACAAAUUUCAUUUUACACAUUUAAUAAAAUCUAAAUGUGGCUACAUUAUUCAGAACAGGUGUUGGUUAAAUAUUUAAUUCAUUUAUUUUUAUAUCCCACAAAAUACAUUUUCAAUAACAUUUCUGGAUAAAAUCUGAUUUCAUCGCUGACCAUUGUCAUUCAUUUUAAACAUUCAGUGUCCAAUUGGUGACGCAGACUGGGAAAAUAUAUAAAACAUGUUUAUUAUUCUGACACACGACAAACAAUAUAUGUACUAAAGAAUUUCAUUUGGCUACAUUAGAAUAUUGUUCUUUUUAUUUAGUAGUUUUAUUGUAAAUAUGUGCUGCUCUUGUAAUGUUGACUAUAUAUUAAAAUAAGAUUAACAAA